UUUUGGGUUUCACGAAAGCCAACGGCAGCAACCCCAUUCCCUAUUAAAACCGGUUUUCCUCUCUCUCUCUUCCCUUCUUUUUGCAGCGAAACCUCCAUAACCACAGGCUCCAAGUUCCAUUUCGGCCUUGGAGGGAGACCCAAGCCUCCGAUUGCCCAACAGAGACCCCGAUUCGGGUCCCUUGAGGUGAAGGUUUUAUUAGCUUACAGAAUCAACGGUCCGACCUUAGCUCAGUUGGUAGAGCGGAGGGCUGUAGUCGGGUCAGCCCACAGCCAAUCCAUAGGUUGUUCCUAUUUCCAUUUCCUCUUCAAGAUCACAGCUCAAAACCCAUAGCCAAGCCAGAAAUAGCUUCCAAACGGUAUUAGAAGCAUUUUACAAAAUGGCGAACACGCUGCGGUUGUACUUGACGUGCAUAAGGAAUACUCUCGAGGCUGCCAUGUGUCUCCAGAACUUCCCUUGUCAAGAAGUUGAAAGGCAUAACAAGCCAGAGGUUGAACUAAAGACCAGUCCGGAACUUCUCCUAAAUCCUGUUUUGAUAUGUCGAAAUGAGGCUGAGAAAUGCUUGAUAGAAACAUCUAUCAAUUCACUGCGGAUAAGCCUCAAGGUAAAGCAGGCAGAUGAACUCGAAAACAUACUAACUAAAAAAUUUCUUAGAUUUUUAUCAAUGAGGGCAGAAGCAUUUCAAGUAUUGAGGAGAAAGCCAGUACAGGGUUAUGACAUUAGUUUUCUGAUAACAAACUACCAUUGUGAGGAGAUGCAGAAACACAAACUCAUAGACUUUAUCGUGCAAUUCAUGGAGGAUAUUGAUAAGGAGAUAAGCGAACUUAAAAUGUCAGUGAACACAAGGGGGAGGCUGGUGGCUACAGAGUUUCUGAAGCAAUUCCUAUGAUACUUUCAGGAGUGCACCCAUCUUUCUUAAAGUCCUCAUGAUAUAAUGACAACUAUGAAACAAUUCAUCUGAUAUUUUCAGUAAUGCACCCACCUUUCUUAGAGUCCUCAUGACAUAAUAACAAGCUAUGCAUGUGUUGAGAGAAAUGCGAUCCUAUACUUCAUGUUUGUUAUCGUACCUACAAGAUGUAUUAUUUCUUAAUUUUUUUUUUUUUUUUUUUUUGGGACUUUGAUUGGAAGAGUAUAUUGACUGGGGAUGAAAGUUUGUCGUGAGGUUUCUUGUGAAAGUCCAUAUAUAUGCCAAACCCACUAAAGAUUAAUUGUGCUUUACCCACUUUAAA